UGACUACAAACUAUUGUAUUUACAUGAAAAUGUACAUUAAUACAAAUUGUACCAUUUCAAAAACAAAUGAAUAAAUGAAAUGAAAUGCACACACACAGAAACAAAACCACAAUGAAGACAAACAGCAGGCACAUAGCCAUCACUCUCAACUGCAUCUAAACUCUUAUGUGUGUCAAUUUUCAAUUAUGAUCAGGGAAAAUUUCAGUUUGAGCUCUAAACAGCUUGUUUCAGUGUAUGUCACUUUAAAUAUAACUGCUGUCCACACCCACUUCAGGAAGAAAACUCUCUCUGCAUCUAUGAUCAACCACGCAGAGCAAAACAGUUGACCAACCAGCACACUGCUGAGCCAUGAAUCAGUGCAAGAUCAGGGCUUUCAGUCACUCCUAACUUUCUCUCUGAACAAUUAUUUUACCUUGAAAUAAUUGCUGAAUUCAUUGUCCAUCUGUUCAUGUUAACUCAUCACUGUACUGGGGUUUAGAUAACAUUGCAGUCAUAAAAUCAGUGUUUUAACAAAACAGAACAGCAGUUUGAAAACUUGCCAGUGAACUUUUUCACACUUUUCCACAGUCUGACAACAGAAAAACUGAAUAAUACCUAAAUAAAAACAGAUUUAUCAGGAACUGGACUGCAUUAAAAUGCAUAUAUGCAUGAGCAGAGGAGAAGCUAACAUCUGCAGAUAGUUUUUAGGGUUUAAAAUUUCAAUUCAAACACAUUUUUCUGGUAAGACAUUGUUUUUUUCUCUUGUUCCUCCACAUAGAACUACAGCCAGAUAAAACUACAUGUGUGGUCGGGUACAGUGUCUCUUUAAUUUCAUUUUUCAGCUGUUCAUACAAUACAUAAUUAUAGAAUAUUAUACAAUAGGUAAAUCGCACUUGCUUUGCACAUCCAGUCUAAACUCCUGACUGAGUGUGCCAGUACACAGAUGCCAUUGUUUAGUUGAGGUUUCUUAGUAACCAAAGCAACGCAAACAUUGACUACCAGAAGUUUGGAGCUGCACCCUAUUUUCAGAGACAAAACUACCAUUCAUCACUCAGAUAUGUUUACAGCACCAGACUCCCAGGGAACGACAGGAGAAAGGAGCCACAAUCAAAUAAAUCAAGACCCAUUCAACACUGAAUUUACCAAGACACUGACAAAAAGCAGCCCACGCUUUGGGGCCUUGAGUCACCACUCAUUCUUCUCCCGGCACAACCCUCAUCCACACCGGGUGACACAUAUUCAAGGACUCAAUGGCAGGCCAAUUUGCAUGGUACGAGAUGACUGGUGUGUCACCUCAUCAUUAUUUCCUCAUCCACUUCUCAAGGGCCACGUCCUCAGGAAAUCACCCGGGCCCGCUUUUACCUUCCCACUCACUCAAAACCUCCAUGCAGUCAGCGGAAACAAUAACAAAUCAGCACUGUUUUCAGAAGCCUGGAGGGAUGAACUUAAAGAACUUGUUGCAAAAGUCAAUCUGUCUUUUCGAGCACAAUUGGGAAAAAAUGAGGACCAACCUGAGGAUGAAUUUGUGCACCAAAAGACUCAGUAUUCAGCUGAUACUGGGAGAAUCAUCCCUCCAUCCAGCAAGUCUUACCUGCACAGAUCUCAUUCCCAACACCUAAAGUAUCCUCAACCCUUCCAGGAUCAAGAACUCACGGUUUUGGAGCUGCUCUGUCAGAUCCUGCAGACAGACUCGCUGUCCACAGUGCAGCAGUGGCUUCUGCUUGCAGGCCAAAGAGAGAAGGACCUUGUGAUGGGGAUGCUCAGACGAGCUCUGGACGGCGUCGACCUCUCAGGCCGUCGUAACCAGCGAACCUUCCAGCAGCUCCAGGCUUUUCAUCCAGGUGCAUCUCCACCAGCGUACAGUCCAUCAUUUGACCAGCCGUGGAGAAAACCCUGGAGAACGAGCUCAUACAAAGCGAAUCCGAUUUCCGGCGAUGACAAACCAGAGAGGAUUGGAGAUGCAGAGGUCCUUGAAAUCCAUGCAGGACCUCAGGAUCAUCCUCAGGAUCCUGCACUUCAGAGUACAUAAAGUCGUUUUGACUGUGCUGAUAACUGCAGUAUGAUAAUUUUGUUUAUUGCUCCCAUGAUCACAGGUUAUUCUUAGCAUGUUUGCUUUAUACCUCGAUAUUUCUGUGUGCACAUGCUGCUUUCAUCAGAGGACUUCACCAGAUUGCUUUUCAUUUGCACUUCAUUAACACCAUAUAUUGUAGCUGUAAUAGUGUUGCCCCAUGCUGCGGAUGAUGUCAUAUUAUCUAUCAGCUGUCUGACGUAGUCUGGCACCAUAUUAGGUAACGUUGUAUGAACUGUUGCUUGAUGUGAAUUAAAAUUUCAAAUUGGAUUUUUUAAAAAUGAUUUUGUGCACCUAAACAUGAUCUAAUCGAACUAAAAAUGCCAAAAUCAAAGUAGAAAUGCAUAUUGCAUUAUAACAUUGUUGACUUUGUUUCCAGACAGAAAGUUAUAAGUUGCAAUGCAUUUAGCAACACAGUGUCACUUAGGAUGCUAAAUGGUGCACCUGGAAUAGCAAACCUACCUUGCUAAAUGCACAUAGAUCUGCAGCAGGACAGAUGAUCUUAUUUCCUUUGAAAAAUAUGAAGUCCAAAAGUAUAAUUAACAUGAUUUUAAGUAGAGACUUCUCUUGAGAAAUGUGAACUUGAAUUCAUGCAUAAAGCAUGGCACACAUUAGCAUAAUUCUGUAUGAUGGAGGAACCUUUUUCCUUUCCUUACUCUGUGUCCCUUCUGUUGUGGAUAAAAUGCUGAAUGUCUUCAGUAAUGCCUGUACAGUACAGGAGCACAGCUGCGAACAGAAGUUUACAUACACUCUGAAAGACAAUGUAGAUCAUGACAGCCUUGAGUUUCCCAUGACUCCUACAACUCUUAAUUUUCUAGAAUGGAAUGACUGAAACACACGCAUCACAAAAAGCAAUCGGGCAUUUUGGGGUUUUCACUGAUAUGGCUAAGUCUGCUGAGUCAAAAAUAUACAUACAGCAAUUCUAAUUUUGGAUUCAGUGUUCCUUUGCCCAUUUUGUUUUUACCUCAGUUUGUUAUACUUGCAAACAACUGAUUGCACAGUUGAUUUUGUAAUCUGAAACAUCUUUGAAAUGGCUCCAAGUGACUUUCCUCACUUGUUGAAGUCGAGAUUUGUUGUUUCAUAUCUGUACUCUGCUCCUUCGACUUUGAGUCUAUCAAAUGGGUUGUAAUUAAGUUGACUCGGGGAAGCAGCUGUAGUCAGUCAUAAUCACUCAUGAAAAUUUAAGAGGCCAUGGCACUUUCAAUUGAUUCCCACAGCUUUCUACAUCACUAGAACUGAUAAUUCAAGUAGCUGUAUGUAUAUUUUUGACCCAGCAGAGUUUGUCAUCGUUCCAGAAGACCUGUAAUAUAUCUUUGAAUGAACCAAAAUGUAUGAUUGUUAUUUGUGACAAAGAUGCAUGUGUUUCAAGGUCUUUACAAGUGUAUGUAAACUUUUGUUCACGAUUAUUUAUGACAUUGCAGAUCAGGUUACAUUCAGCCAGAUAUUAUCAAGAUUAGACCUCUUCAUGUAGCUGACUCAGAUUUCCCAGUCAGCACAUGAAGGACAGAAGGACAGAGGGACAGAAGGACAGAGGGACAG